UCUUGUGUGUGUGUAUAUAACAGAAAGAAGAAAUCUGCUUCAACAACAAAAUCCUUCUCUCGAACUCAAAUCAUCACUACAACACAUACAACUUUCUGUGUAAAUUAAAAUGGCCAACGGUUUUUGCAUCUUUUUCUUCCUGUUCACAAUAUUUUCAGUUGCUUACUCCGCAAGAAAUCUAGAUGAAAUUAAUCCCCAACCCCAACAACCCGUAGGCAAUCUACCAGGACCUGGAGUUGCUACCAUUCCUUCAGUCACAACAGGACCAAUUCCCAUCACACCCCAAAUAACUCCGGUCGUAGCCGCAACCCCAGCCACAGCCACAGCCACUGCCACUGCCACUGGUCCUGCAACUGGAGAUUCAGGUGUUGAAGAUGCCAAUGCGGGCACAGGCAUUGAAGUUACCAAUGCAGGCCCACCAGUGGCUAGUCCGGCCAACGAGGGAACUCCGGCCGAACUUCCACAACCACAAGCCCAAGUCCCAGCCAUCCCUGAAGCAACACCACAAUCAAAAGAGCCGUCACUUUCUUUCUUCAUGCAUGACAUCCUUGGAGGAUCACAACCAUCAGCCAGAGUAGUGGCCGGAAUCAUCGCGAGCACCGAUGUAACCGGCCUACCAUUCUCAAAAGCCAACAACAAUAUCUUCCCAAUAAGUGGAGGAAUCCCACUAGUUAACCCCAAACUCAAUGGAAUCAUCACCAAUAACAAUUUGCCACUCCUUGUAGGCCUAAGUGGUGGACAAGCCUCCCCUGUGUUCAAAAAUAGUGGUACCGGCAACACGGUUACAGGAAGCAGUACCCAGCCGUUUAUCACGGCUGGGAACCUCCCGGCCGGGUUGACAGUACAAAAACUCAUGUUUGGCUCUGUGACUGUGAUUGAUGACCAAUUAACAGAAGGGCCAGAGCUAGGUUCUGCUGUGAUUGGAAAGGGACAAGGAUUCUACUUGGCUAGUUCAUUGGAUGGUUCAAGCAAAACAAUUGUGCUUACAAUUUUGAUGCAUGGUGAAAGUGAGAAUCACAACAAUGGAAUUGAGGAUACUAUAAGUUUCUUUGGGAUUCAUAGGACUGCAUCAACAGAAUCUGAGGUAGCAGUGAUUGGUGGAACUGGUAAGUAUGAGAAUGCUAAAGGGUAUGCUACUGUGGAAACACUUCUCAAGGAGGAUCAGCACACCACAGAUGGGGUUGAUACCAUACUCAAUUUCAAUGUCUAUCUUUCUGAGUAGUGAAUUGUAGAUCGACUUUCAUAUUUCUACUUUCAAUGUGUGUGCGUGUGUGGUUAAAAUUGUCACAAUCAUAGUCAAUGUUUGACUAAGAUUGAUCCAUCAUUGCUAAAGAAACCUUUGUCAUUCUUAUACUACAUGUGUGAAAAUUAUUACUAUGUUAUUAUUAUGUCUA